AUGCAUGUGGCCAAUUGGCUUCGAAGUCUGCCAGCAAGUGGAGAUCUGAGCACAGGCUACCGUCCACCCAGUCGACUUGAAGUGAGCAAGGCCUCCCUAGUUCUCAACCUUCCCUCUUCCCACCCUCCUCAGGCCGCUCUCCCACGUCCACCUCCGUCGCCGUCCUCACUCGAGAAGAUCGACGCCUCAGAGGUCGAACAACCGAGUUUCCGGUUUUCCGAGGGUCAGAUGCUCUUCGCACCUCUCACCACCCCCGUACCUACACCGCCCAAUCACAACCUUCCCUCCACCAACAAUUUGGCCAAUCGGCUGUCCACUAGGCAUUUACAGCAGCAGAUCUCCCAAAUGAAGAGGGAGGCCUCAUCUAUCAGUCGGCUCAAUGCUCUCAAUCGAGGUCGACUGUUCGGCUCUCCUUCACCCACCCCUGCGGGUCCUCUUGGUUCCCUGGCACCUCAACCUGUGGAGAGGGAAGUUGCCUCACCCCGUGCCGGCAUUUCCACUUCCACCAGCUUCAACACCUCUCUCCAUGAGCAGCAGCAGCAGCAGCAGCAACAACAACAACAACAAUCUGCACUCCCGCAAUCAGGUGCUCGCGAUUUCAAACGCCGUGCUCAGCUCUCCCAAUCAGUUUACCUGAGUUCGGGCGAACCCGUGCACCAAUCGCAGCAUCGAUUCGGCCGACCGUUGGGCGAGCAACGCUCCUCUCGAUUUGCUAAAUCGGCAGACUUCCAAAGUCCCAACAUGGCGUUUGGAGGAGACCAACAGGCAUUUCACAGUGGUGAACUCAAAAAGCACGCUUCCAAUUCGUUAUUGCAGUGGUUUAAGCAGGGAGUUCGCAAACUUCGCAACAGUAUACGCCGUAGUCUCAGUCGAGACGAUUGGCCAGCGCAGUCGAUGCCCUCUUUCCCUAUGUUCUAUCAGAACACCACCACCGCGAAUUCUGUCACGCCAACCAUGGGAGAGCACAAGCAUCAACCAUCCUGGAGCUCCAGAGCCCACCAGAGCCGCACUCGAAAGGGAACAGCGCGCGGCUCCACCGGUGAUGUCUACCCUCUCCACUAUGCUCUUCCACACAUCGAAUAUGAUCGCGGUAGUUCCAUUUCCAAUUUGCGCCGAUGUCUGAGCCUUGCGGAGAAUCGGAACCGCGAAAUCGGCAGCGGGGCUGGUAACGUCGCGCCCUUCUCUAUGGAAGUGAUCCCAGAAACUGAGUUACAAACAAGUUCUCAGAACCUAGGACCCUCCCCUUAUCUCCGACGCGACUCUACAAUGGAGCAAAUUUUGGCGUGGCAACAGGAAGCUGCCUCUAUGCUUUCGCUAAAUGCUACUCCGAAUGGCGUGAGUGGAGCCGAUCGCAGCUCGCAGUCAGGCUCGCGUCACAUGGUUCACGCGCCGCCUUUCUCUGAGCCCACAGAACCGCGCUCUAACGGAGCCACAUUUUUUGACACUCGCAAUGAGCCCUUACAGAACAAUAAUUACAUGGCUCGCAGCGGUCGAGAUUCAGGCUUCAUUGACAUCCCUUCUCAUCAAAACUUUGCUCAAAUGGAUUCGUCAGCGUACUCGGUCAUCCACCUGCAUCAACCCUCCGAACCAAGAACACAAGGAACAUCAGAUGUGAAGGAGAUUACGGACGCGUUUGAAGGACUAGCGUCAGAUGCACUGAAAGGCUCUGGACUGCUAGUAUCCACACCUCCGAUUCAAAUGCCUGCAUCAUCUCAAGACGUGCGUGGGAUGCCUGGAAUGGGUAUUGAUAACUGGUGGACAGCGGGCUUUGCUUCAAUCCAUCAAAAUCAGUCGGAGCAGCAGCAGCAGCAACAACACCAACAACAGCAGCAACAGCAACAAAUGAGUGUUAACAGUAGUGCUGAUGGCAGUGGAGUUCUCAUCAUGACAUCUGAGUCGCCGGGACCAAGGCGACCUCCACCCCGGCCACCUAAAUCUCAGUACCUUUUAAAUAAAGAGGUUGAAGCGUUGGCUGCAAAGCAAACUGCUUUUCGACUUUCGUCAGCCCCCUAUCCCAAAGGAAAAAAUCCUUUCGGAGAAAGUUCUGAUGAGGAAUCAGAUACGUGCGACACUAAUUCAUCGCCGCUAACAAAGACCGGCACAAAUCCAUUUGCUGACUGUGAAUCUGAUGACGAGGAGACAAACUCACGGCCUGAGGACAAAUUAGCGGCAUGCGAAGCGAAAGAAACCAAAGAUCCAAUUAACUUAGGUGAAGCGAAUAGAUUGGCUUCUUCUAAUCCCUUUGAUGUUCUUAUCGAUCAGCAAGAGGAAAUAGCAAAGGCGGAAUCGUAUGACUCUUCUCCUUCGCCUCCAAAUGUUGAAAGGAGAACUAAUAAAGAGCAGUUUAUUCCAAAGCAUCCGCGCAAGCGCCUAGCUCCGAAGCCACCAGGGUCACAGUCGAAUUCCAUGGAGGCCCUUGCAACUGACACUGCUGCUUCAAACCCUUGUAUGCUGCCCUCUUCUGCACUGUGCCUCUCGCUGCAGGGGAUGAAUGAGGUUGCAAUGGGUUCCUCUCCGGCUACGUAUCGCAAAAACUCCACCUCAUGUGAAAAUGUACGCAUCAAAGGUCCUGCACCACCACUGCCAGUGGGAGAAAAGCGAGAAAUUCGAGCGGAAGGAUUCGUGAAGUAUCCUAAGCUGAGACGCGAGAUUGAGGAUGCGAAUGCGCGACUGUCCCAGUAUGAUAAUAAAAUCAAGGUUUUUGAGGCCAAACUGAACAGCGCCAGAGACGAUCAAGUCAAAUGUAAGAAGUAUACAAAGAAGCUGGCAAAACUGAUGGAGAAGCGACAGUCCUUGGCUAACAAGCAAAAGGAACUCAGUAAUCGACUUCAAGAGCAAGCGCUGGAGGAUCGGCAUGCAGACUUAGAAUACGAGCUGCGCACCAUCCUGGCCAAGCAAGGUCCCACCCCUAGCGUCACGAGUCUUGCUGUGGAUGUGAAAACUUCCCUCAACAUUUGCAUAUUUUCACCUGCAAGUGUGGAGUCAAUCGGGUGUGAAUGUCUGUUGGGACUCGGCAAUAAAAGUGACAUUAUGGGAGGCUGUGAUGGUUUUCAAGUUGUAUUUUUUCUUUACUCAUCUCCAGAACAUCUUCGAACACGCCAGGAGCAGGAGAGGGCGGACGAAUUGCUGCAACUCCUGUUGGAAAUAGUUCAGGAGCGAGAUAAGCUCGUUGAGGAACAGCCCUCUCUAGAUAGGUAA